UAGCUUAGUUUGCAUCUAACUGCCUCCAGUGGCAGAAGCGUCGUUGCGCGUUAUUCCAGUUUACGAGCAGAAAAGUGCAUGUGUUGUUGUUUAGAUCGUCUUAAUAAGUAGUUAUAUUGCAAAACACAAACAAAGCAUACAAAUGAACGCUUUGGCGUUGAUCGCUUUCGCGCUCUGGGCGCUUUUCAUGCGCUACUUGCCGCACAUCGUAGAAUUUUUACGCAUAAGGAGAUUCGCGUCUACCAUACCGGGACCGAGUAUUGGUGAACUGAUCGAGAAUGCGAAGAAAGGACGAAUGCUGGAAUGGUUGAAUUCGCUUUACAAGAAACAUGGUCCUGUUUUUCGCAUAUGGUUCGGUAAGGAUCUCAUGGUCUUCUUUUCCGAUCCAGAGGACGUCAGGCAAAUACUAAGUAAUAACAAAUUGUUGAAAAAGUCCAAAAGUUACGAAAUCGCCGAAAUAUGGCUUGGCAAGGGACUCCUAACCAGUGCCAACGAAGCCUGGCAACGUCGCCGAAAAUUACUCACACCCGCUUUUCAUUUUCGCAUACUGGGCGAAUUCAAGGAACCCAUGGAGGAUAACUGUCAAAUUCUCAUCAGCAAAUUGCGCGAGAAAGCAAACGGCGAGCAGUUCGACAUAUAUCCAUAUAUAACGUUAUUCGCUUUGGAUGCUAUUUCAGAGACGGCGAUGGGCAUAAAGAAGAAUGCGCAGAUGCAGAGCGAGUCGGAAUACGUGAAGGCUGUGCAGACCAUCUGUCGCGUCUUGCACAAGCGGCUCUUCUCAUUUUGGCAUCGCUUUGAUUUGAUCUAUCGCUUCACCGAUGCGUACAAAGAGAGCAUCGAAGCGCUGAAGGUACUGCAUGGCGAAACCAAUCGAAUGAUCAAGUUGCGUCGUCAAAUGCUGCAGGACACCAACAUACAUAAUAUGGCAGACGCUGAGAAAACCGAUGAUGUCGGCGGUAAACGGCGUCUUGCCUUCCUCGAUAUGCUGCUGAUAUCGCAGCUAGAAGGUGGCGGUCUAACGGAUCUUGAAAUACGCGAAGAAGUCGAUACUUUCUUGUUUGAGGGUCAUGACACCACGAGCUCUGCCAUGGGCUUUUGCAUUUAUCUGCUCUCCCAGCAUGAGGACAUACAGCACCGCGCUUACGAAGAGGCCGUAGCAAUGCAGGGACGUGAAAAGGAAACCAUGCGUUACUUGGAGGCGGUGAUAAAAGAAACGCUACGCAUUUAUCCUUCAGUACCAUCCUACUCACGAAAAACGCAAGAAGACUUACAAAUCGGUAACAUAACAGUGCCAAAGGGAGUCGCUGUCAGCGUAUUGGCCUACAUGGUACAUCGUGAUGAAAAUAGUUAUCCAGAACCCGAAAAAUUCAACCCGGAACGAUUUUUGGCCAACGACAAAGAGUUGCAUCCAUUCGCUUUCGUAGCAUUUAGUGCAGGACCAAGGAAUUGCAUUGGUCAAAAGUUCGCUAUGCUGGAGUUAAAGCUUGCGUUAUCGUCGCUUUUGCGGAGUUACGAGCUGUUACCAGUGAAGGAUUUCGUACCUAAUCCGUUGGCAGAGUUGGUGAUGAAAAGUGGAAAUGGCAUACAAAUACGUAUGCGGCCACGAAAAUAAAAUACCGUUACCAGUUUUUAAUGCAUUUAUUGAUUUUUACCGUCUUAUGUUAUUAUAAUGGGUUGUCAAAAAAGUCUUGCGGUAUUUUUAUUGAAUUUUUUUUUUUUAUUGAAAUUGAAAUGAAUUUUUAAUGACUCAUGCCCAGCUCUUGACCGAUGCUACGGCUACUACUAUGCCGGUCUCUUUCGACCAAUUCAGCGAUUUUAUCGCAAGUUUCGACGACAGGCCUUCCGGAGUGUGACGCAUCUUCGACCACCUCUACACCAGAACGAAAACGUUGAAACCAUCGUUGUGCGGUGGAAAUGGAAACUGUAUCGGGUUCAUAAACUGCACAAAUUUUAUUGGCGGCUUGAGAUGCAUUUUUGCCUUUCUCGUAGUAGUACUGUAAAAUAUGCCGUAUUUUCUCUUUAUUUUGCUCCAUGUUUGCGACGCUAUAACUCACGAACGACUUAAAAGAAACGACAAUCAAUCAAACACGUGUUAGCGCGUGAAAUGAGCUUUCCAAAAAGGUAUAGCAUGACCCGAUGUGACGAAUAAAACUAGAACUACGCGCUUUCAGCGCCAACUAGCGAAAAUACCGCAAGACUUUUUUGACAACCUAAUAUAUUAUGUUUAAAAUGUGUUCUAAAUAAAUAUUUUUAUACUAUUGCACCCAGUUUCUAGAGA